AUGAUGGACUUAAACAAUGUUUGGUUUGAAACAACAAAUUAUCCUAUAAUUGAUCAUCAUCAACAACAGCAAACUUAUGUAACAAAGCAUGAUCUAAAUUUAUUACAUAAAAAAAUUAUUGCUACAGAUUUAAUUGUCCAAAAAUAUCAAGAUGCAAAUAAAGCUCUAUUAAGAUUACAAACCGAAAAUGAUGAUUUCAAGCAACAGAUAGAACAAAUUACAAAUGAGUGUUGUAUAUUUGGUAAACAAGUGACAGAAUGCACUCAAGAAUGUGAUCAUCUAAAAGAACAAAUUGACAUAUUAAAUAGUGAAAAACGUGAAUUACAUCAACAAUUGCGUGUAUUACAAGAUGAAAAUACGAAUAAUUAUCAUGAAAUAAUGGUUCUAAGACAAUAUGAAUCAUUAAAACAAACUAAUGAUCACUUAAGUAAAACUGUUGAACGGCAACAAAAACAGGUCGCAAAAUUACAACUUCAAGUACAAAGAAAGACGCCAAUUGUUUAUAAACCAAAUAAAGAUAAAAAUGAACCAUCGGAAACAGAUAUUGCUUUAAAAAAUUCACAAAAAUCAGUUCGUGAACUGAAAUUAGCACUUGCUCGUCUUAUGAACUUUAUUCAAAGAUCUAAAAUUGAAAUUCCAACCGCUCUUCAUAUCCGACCGGUGCUUAAGGCGCAUGACAUAAAUGAUGAUUUUUUAGAAAUCGAAGGUGAAUAUGUUCUUAAACCAGUGAAAAAAAUAUCAAAACCCGUUAUUAGUCAAGCGGAUGAUGUUGAUGAUGAUGAUGAUGACGAUGAUGAUGAUCAUGGUGACUUUAUUGAUAUUACACAUAAUCCUGUCCAACCUGAACCUGUAAAUAUACCUGAUCCACCUGUAGAUGCUAUUAAAACAACUUCAAAAUCUUCUUCUCGUCAACAACCGAAAAAGAAAGAAGCGCCGAAAACAAAACCUACAAAGAAGCCAGCGAGCAAUAGUCGUCGAAAAAAAGUUGUAUCUAUAACAGAAGAUCCAUCGGAAAAAUUAGAUGAUCUUGCUAAUGAACUUGAAAUCGCUUUAUCACAAACAAAUCAAGAGCAACCAUCACAAAAUAUGCCUCAUAUGACAUCGUUUCUUAGUGAUGACGAUGACGAAGAUAGAAUACAUAAGUCAGAUACACCAUCAUUACCAAUGUAUAUGCCUACUAGUUUACAAUCCUCAUCGAAGUUUUCUCCAAAAACGAAUUCAACAAUAACAAUGAUAGAUAAAUCAGCGAAAAAACGUUCAAGAGUGUUGUCAUUUUCUAGUGAUGAUGAGUAUGUACAAGAAAAAUCAGCAACUAUUACUGUACAACACACGGUGCCAACAUUAUCUACGUUGCAAGUUGAUCAUAUUACUGCAAUGGAUGUUGACACAUUGGAUAAACCUACAAAAUAUAUGUCAUGUCUUAGUGAAGAUGAUGAUGAUAAUAGAUCACUUACGCCAAUAUCAACACCUAUUAAUGAACGACAACCAAUCUAUCAAGAAUAUAUAUCUCCGUUAGAUUUAAAUCCACCGAUAUUCAACAAUGAAACUACUAUUGAAACUCAAUCGUCAGAUAAACAAAUACCAAUGGAUACUGUUAUAGCUGAUUUAGUACAAGCACCUUUAUUAUCAAACCCACAAGUAGAACCAAUGUCUGAAAAUGAUCAAAAUUCAUCAUCAAAUGAUAAUAUUCAAACAGAAUCUUCUAUAGUUGUCAAUACUCUUGAUUCAAAUCGUAUUAAAAUUAUUUCACAUUUAUUAAAUAUUUUAACACAACCACCAAUACCAUUGAAACGAUUACGAUUAAUUCAAUGUCGUAUAAAAGACAAAACUAUUCCGGAAACACAAAUUGAUCUAUUACGAGUUAAUGCAUCUAAUGAUAAACAUGAAGAUUCAACAAUUAUUCAAAUAUCAAAACAAUCAGUUCCUGAACUAAUAGAACAACAGACAUCCAUUGAAGAAAACAGUUUUAUAAUGAAUAAUAAACAGGAUAAUGACACAUUUCUACCUAGCGAAGACCAACCUGUGACUUCCAAAGAAAAUAAUACAAUGAUUGAAGAAAUAUCCAAUCAACAAAAUGAUAUAUCAAUCGAAGAACAUUCAAAAACGAUUAUCAAGAAUACUAAUGCAGUUGUUGAUGUACCAGUCAAUGUGAUUUCUGCGCCAUUAGCAGAAGAAUUAAUAGCUAUGGAUGAACAUAUUACUAAAAACAACGAUGUAUCAAAAGAUCAAGUUACGACUAUAUCAACAGAAGUGUGUUCGGCAUCAAUUAUAGAAAAUAAUGUUUUAUUAGUUCAUGAGCCAGAAAUUCAAACUUCUAUUCUCACUGGCCAGCAACUAGAAGCUUCUCAAGAACUUGAUAUUGUAAUCGACGAGGCAUCAAAAGAUCAAACUUCAAUAUCAAUACAUGAAAAUCUCACACGUGCUGAAGAACAAAAUCCAUUAGUCCUAGAAAUACAGAAAAGGCCUGUUGAACACACUCGACCUAACCAACAAUCAAAAACAACGAAGAAGACAUCAACGAAACCACUAUCUCAAGAAUAUGAGCCGUAUGUUGUACCAAUAGCAGUCAAACAAUCGUUACCAUCUAGCACUAAACCAGUACUUCAACCAGUUUUAGAACGCUUCAAGCAGCCUUUAAAACCUUUUCAAAUUUCAGUUAUUACUCGUCUCCUUCACGUAUUAACUGAACUACCUGUGAAACCUCUGACAUUUCCAAUGCCAUAUCCUUCACGGAAAAGAAAAGAUAAAAUCGCUGUAAGUAAGCCUCGUGUUAUUCGUCCAGAACGAAUACCGCCGACUUCAUCAAAUCGCAUGCACACUCGAUCAUUCAAUUCAAUUCGAUCAUGCAUAGCACGUUGUAAUCAACCAACGACAGCAAAUCGUAAACGUACAGCUACAGAAUCCAUAGCAUCUUUACCUCCAAUACCAAAACGAAUGAAAUCGAUAAGAAACGAACAACAGAUUCAAACAAAUGAAUACGAUCUGAUUCAUAAAUUUAUCGAUUCAUUAUCAAAAGAAAUUAAUGAUGAUACAAGAAAUUUUCUUCAACGAAAAUUAAAUGAAAAUAUUCUACUAUUCAAUGAUAAUAUAUAUCGAAUUUUUAGUGAUUUAUUGUUUUCCAAAUGUGAUAUUAUUCUUCUACUAGUCAAAGAACUUCAUGCGUAUGAAGAAUCAAUUAGAACACUAUUAGUAUAUAUUCACAGUCAAUCAUCAGUAUUUCAACAACAUUUUAUCACUAAAUUAACACAAGCAUUUGAAUUCGAAAUAAAAAAACAGUCAAUACAACAUAAUCAAAUUAAAAUUUUAAAUCGAUUAUUCUUUCUCACGUACUCAAUAUUUCCAACAUCAUCCAUCGCUAUUUAUGCACGGCUAUUUGAUAUAGGCUAUUAUUUAUCACAUGAUAUUCUUGUUGAUGCAUUAAAAUUUACUUCAACUGUAUGUUCAUCAUUAAUUUCAAAUGAUUCUCAAAAGAAAUCAUCAAGCAUUUUACUUCAUCAACUUUUAUUUGAUAUAUUCCAAUUGAAUCAAUUUAAUAUAUCGCUCGAAUACUUAGAAAAUCUUCUCAUUACUUAUCAUCGAUAUACACAUGAUCACGAAGAUUUAAUACGUUGUUUUGUAAUUAUAUCUCGCCAUCAAUCAUGGUCGUGGUGCUCAAGUGAAUUAUGUGUAAAAUUUUUAUUUCCAUUAUUAAGUAAAAUUGAUGAUGAAUAUCAACAGCGAUUUAUCAUUUUAACAAUUUUACAAUAUGUAUUGUUUACAUAUAAAGAUAAUCAAGAUUUUAGAUGCGAUAUUAACUUCCAUGAUCAAAUCAAACAAUUACUCUUAUCGUUAAAGACUAUAAAUAGUUCUGAAACUACUGUGCGAGAUAAAAUUUUGUUCAUUCUUCAUACUUGCUAUUAA